UUCCUUUCCUGAGUCUGAAGACUCGAGGUUGCUGAAGAAUUUUCUGCUAUCAUUUUAUGCCUGCCUAGCUGUCCAGAUAGAGCAGCUACCCUCAGCUUCAGCCCUCGUACAGAUUCUACAAACAGGUUGAGAAAUAUGGCAAUGACAACUUCUUUGACAUGGAUGCAAGAAAAGAUAUUGCAGAUCCUUUUGAGAGGAAAGAAGUUUAGCCUUCUCUAUAAGGCUAGUGCCCAUGAAUUCUCUCCUAGUAAUUUGUUUGAGAUAUGCUGUAAUCAAGGACCUAUUCUAAUAUUGAUUUAUGGUGAUCAUGUUAUUGGGGCAUAUGUGUCGGAGAAUUGCCAGAGAGAAACGCCAGUUUCCAUACUGCUGUUUGCCUUUCAAGAGACUGAAAUUUCAAGAUGUAAAAUAGGACCAUAUGAACCACUUAAAUUGUUUGGUGGAAAUGUGUGUGAGUCUAAUUUGGAAUUCUACAUAAAUCUACGUAAACAAAAGGUGACUAUGAACUUAAAACUAAUUAAAAUAUUAAACCUACCUGAAUGCAGCAAUAUUUCCUUCCAAGAAUGUGAAGUUUUUCGAUGUGAAGAUCUAUUGGACACAAGGAAGAUACAAGGGGUCACUGUGCUCCGGGAGAGCUUAUUGUCUGCCUUAAGAACUUACAAACCAUAUAAAGAACUAGUUCAUCAAACACGAAUUCUGCUCCUGGGUCCAGUUGGAGCUGGGAAAUCUAGCUUUUUCAACUCAGUCAAGUCUGUUUUCCGAGGCCAUGUAACCCACCAGGCUUUGGUGGGCUCUGAUACAACUGGGAUAACUGAGCAGUACAGGACAUAUUCCAUUAAGGAUGGGAAGGAUGGCAAGUCUCUUCCAUUUAUUCUGUGUGACUCAAUGGGGCUGGAUGAGGAAGAAGGAAUGUGCAUGGGUGACAUACUCCACAUCUUAAAAGGCCACAUUUCUGACAGAUACCAGUUUAAUUUCACGAAACCAAUCACACCAGGUCAUGGUAACUGGAAUGACUUCCCAUUGCUGGAGGACAGAAUCCAUUGUGUGGCAAUAGUAUUUGACGCCAACUCUGUUGAAGAUCUAUCUAGUGAGAUGGUGGCAAAGAUCAAAAGAAUUCGAAGAGAGAUGAUAAAGUGUGGUAUGGCACAUGUGGUUUUGCUGACUCAUGUGGAUAACAUGGCUCUGAUUAGGAAAGGAGACCUUAUAGACAUAUACCGAUAUAUGCCUGUGAAGCUCAAGCUAGAGGCAGUCCACGAAAAACUUGGAUUUGCUCUUUCUGACAUCUUGGUGGUCAGUAAUUACACCUCGGAGUGGGAUGUGGACCCUGUAAAGGACGUUCUGAUCCUCUCUGCACUGAGACAGAUGCUGUGGGCUGCAGAUGACUUCUUAGAAGAUUUGCCUCUUGAGGAAACAGGUCUCCCACGUCUGAGUCCCUCUUAAUGCGUGUGACAUGAGAUAUCAGAAGCAAGUAUCUUACCAGGUGUGCAAGAGAAGAAAAUGACUAUGUGAACCCUUGAACCAUUAAUAAUUUUUGUCACAUCAUAGAAGAGCAAAACUUAAAAAAUGAGAAAACACAGGAUAAAGAGAAGUAGCUGGAAAUGAAGGGGUGUAUUUUACUUAUGGCGGGGAUGAAGAUUCACAAAAAAUUAUAAUACCUAUAAAUGAUUAGGAAUAAAGGGAUUUAAAGAUUAUAAAAAAAUCAUAAUUUUU